AUGGACAUCCCCUGCAAAUGCUCGUUGGAGGCCUUGAAGGUAAUGGGAGAUCUGCAAAACAUCCAAGCAGUGGUCGACGUGGAAACCAUUUUGAAUUUGACACACCGGGUCUGGCUACAAGGCAAUACUAUGAUCCAAUGUGAGAAUUGUAUCAAGAUGGCGCAAUCAUCCAUCGUUACCCUGCCCGCUCUUUCAGAUGGGUGCCUACCACUUCUCGAGGCAUUAUGUGCGGCGUACGACAUCUCGACUCAGCCCGGGUUCUUCGACUCGGCCAUGCUAGCUUUUGAGCAGCCAGCUUCGCCAAUUAUCUGCAUCCGUAAUCAGGUUUUCUUGGGUCGGACUCAGCUGGAUGAUUAUGAGGCUCGGCUGUUGGUUCGCACAUUACUAGCGCGCGAUUUGAUUCGUUUUGUGGAGUUGAUGGAGGCUCUGAAGGAGGCUUUGACUGUUCUUUUGGAUGGUAAUCAUGUUCAUCGGAAUGCGAUGGCCACUUUUAGAGCCUGUGAGUCGUCGGUUGAGUCUACUAUCAGUCGACUAGCUGUCCUUAUGCAAGUUGUGGAGGGGGACUGCGAUGCCGGGAUGUCUUGA